GGGAAUAGGUUUGGCAAUAGCAUUGAGAGCUGGAAAAGAAGGAGGAAGGGUCGCCGUUGCCGCAAAGACAGCUACGCCACAUCCAAAGUUGCCCGGAACUAUAUUCACUGCCGCAGAAGAAAUUGAACGUGCAGGAGGAAAGGCUCUUCCAUUGGUAUGUGACAUCCGUGAUGAAGAAUCUGUUAAAUCCGCUAUACAAAAAACUGUGGAAAAAUUUGGUGGAAUUGAUAUCGUUGUUAACAAUGCUUCUGCAAUUUCUUUGACCGAUACACAAAAUACGACCCUCAAAAAAUAUAAUCUCAUGCACGAAAUUAAUGCUCGUGGUACUUGGUUGGUGACAAAAUAUGCGCUUCCGUAUCUUAUCGAAAGCGGAAGACAAAAUAGAAAUCCUCAUAUAUUGAACAUUAGUCCGCCACUUACCAUUAAAGAACAAUGGUUUUCGGGCCACGUUGCAUACUCAAUUGCUAAAUAUAAUAUGUCACUAUGUAUUUUAGGAUGGGCUGGCGAAUUUCGUGAACAUGGAAUUGCGGCAAAUGCGCUUUGGCCAGUUACCGCAAUCGAUACUGCUGCUCUGAAUAUGUUGGAUGAUUUGUUGGCAUCUAAAUCUCGAACACCUCAAAUUGUAGCAGAUGCAGCUCAAUUGAUUCUCACCAAAGAUUCCACACGUUUCAGCGGUAAUUUUGUCCUUGAUGAAGUUAUUUUAAGAGAGCAUGGCCAGACAGAAUUUGAUCAUUAUCUUGUUACACCUGGAAAUAGAGAUUUAGCACUUGAUUAUUUUAUUGAAGAAGAAGUAUUUAACAAAUUAAAACUUUUAUGGAAGGAAGAUGCAAAAAAGAAAGAUCCAAAAUUAUAA